AAGUAACAUUAUUUGAAAUUUGUUAAUGGAUUGUUUGGAUUAAAAAAUUUAUUUUGUAUGGGAUUUGGUUCCAAAAUUCACAUCCAAAAAAUGAAUAUUUUAAAAGUGAAUUUGGGAUUAAAAACUACAUUCGGAUAUGAAUGAGAGUUUUAAAAGUGAUAACUUAAAAGUACAAGUUUGUCCAUCCAAUUUGCAUCUGCAUAGAAAAAAAAUAUUAUGUUAUUCCACGUCUUGUUUUCCUCUACUUCUCUCUAUGAAUUUCUUGGCAAAAGCGAUUGAAUUCCAAAUGAGCAAUUGGCAAACAACCAUGGUAUACUGUUUGGUAUAAAUGAAUUUCAUAAGUUUUAAAGAAUUCAUUUUGAAAUGAAACAUUCUUAUGUUUGGUAUUUAAAAGAAUUCAUUUUCAAUUCUAAAUUUUGAAUUCUAUGGAAUUGAAACUAGUUAUAUCAAUUCUGAGAAAUUGAGAUGGAAUUUCCAAAUGAAUUCCACAAGUAUUUACUAAUUAUAAUAGAACGACAUAAUUAUCCUCUUUUAUUAACUAAAUUACUUAUACAUAUGACAUACCAAACACAGGAAUUCACUAGACAAUGAAUUCUACAUGACAAUUCAUUUUAUGUGUAAAGAUUUGAAUAUGGCAUACCAAACACAAUAUUUCAUUUGACAAUGAAUUCUACAUUGUUAAUCAUGCCUCAAGGGUGGAAUGAUACUCAUAUUGCACUCAUAUCAAAAGUUCAAUCCCCAGAAACGAUUUCCCACUUCAGACCUAUAAGUUGUUGCAACUAUAGGUACAAAAUUAUUUCAAAAAUUCUUGCUAGUAGGAUGAAAAAGUGGAUCCCGGGUUUGGUUUCUGAAAUGCAAGCUGCUUUUACGAGUGGACGUCUCAUUCAAGAUAACAUUAUUAUUGUCCAUGAGAUCCUACAUCAUUUUAAGAAUCAUCGACAUGGUGAUGGGACACGAUGAUGAAGUUGGAUAUGCGGAAGGCAUAUGGCUUAGUUGACUGGGAUUGCCUUGAUUCGAUUCUAAAAGCUUAUGGCUUCUCGGAGAAGUGGAGAGGAUGGAUCAAUGCGUGCAUAAGAACUGUGAAAUUUUCUAUCCUCCUAAAUGGAAGCCCAACGGAACCUUUCUUUCCUUCCAGAGGCAUUAGACAAGGUGACCCUAUUUCACCCUUCUUGUUUAUCCUAAUGUCUAUCUUGAUUGAUGAAGCAGUGGCAAAAGUUGACAUUCAUGGAAUUAAGCUUAAUCGAAAUUGCCCUAGAAUCUCCCACUGCUUAUUUGCGGAUGACACGGUGAUCUUUGGCAAAGCGAGUGUGCGUGAGGCAUAUCACAUCCAAAGCAUUCUGCGUCGGUAUAGUGAAGCUACUGGUCAGGAAAUUAAUGCCAACAAGUCUUCUAUUUUCUUCAGCAAGAAUACCCCUGAAGCCAUUAAGAUGUUGGUAACAAAUAAGUUUGGGUUUCCCCCUUCGGUCUGUCAUGACAAGUACCUCGGAGUCCCAUCUGAGAGGGGAAGAUCUAAGAAAGAGACGUUUAUGUUCUUACUUGAAAGGAUCGAGAAGAAAGGAGAAUCUUGGAAAAGCUUACUAUUGUCUCCUGGUGGUAAAGAAGUCCUCUUAAAAGUUGUUAUCCAAGCUAUCACAUCCUAUAUUAUGAGCGUAUUCCUUCUCUCGUUAUCCCUUGCUAAUAAGAUGGACUCUAUUCUUAAACGGUUCUUUUGGUCGGGAUCUAUGAAGAAGAAAUCUAUUCACUGGCGUGAUGCUCGUGUGUUAGAGAAACAAAAGAAGACGGAGUGUUGGGCUUCAAGAAUUUUCAUCUUUUCAAUUUGGCGCUUAUCGGGAAACAAGUAUGGCGAAUGUUGGAGAAUCCUAAUGCUCUUUGGGUUCGACUGCUUAAGGGUCUUUACUUUGUUGAUGGAGACUUGUACUCAGCUGUUAAGGGAAGGAGAGGGUCGUGGAUUUGGAAUGUUUUUUUUAUGCUAAGAAUGCCUUGAAGAUUGGACUAGUUAAGGGAAUUAUGUCAGGAGAAGGGACGAGUUUCCAUUGUGACCCUUGGCUACCUUCUUCCCCACCUUUCACCCUCACUAGCCUCAAUCUGGAACCAUCGCGUGUUUGUGAUUGGAUCUCUCCUACUGAUCGCACCUGGAAUGAGGAUGCACUCUGAGCCGUUGUUCUGAAGGAGACUGUUAUUGCAAUUAAGAGAGUGCUAAUCAGUCCAUCCACAGCUCAAGACAAGUGGUUUUAGAAAUUCACUACCACAGGAGCAUACAGUGUAAGAUCAGCCUAUCGAUCUUUACGUGAAGCUCGUGACAAUGUUCCUUUUUUUUUUGCAGGAAAUGGAGAUACUCGCCCGAACAAUCGAGAUUGGAAAUGGCUCUGGUUUAUUGGUCUUCCUCCAAAGCUUAGAUUCUUCAUUUGGAAGUGUGCCAAAAGCGCCAUUGCGACCCGGGCUCGACUUUUCUCUCACAUGUGUGCUCUUGAUUCUGCUUGCCCCAUUUGUGAGGAGUCGAAUGAGACAAUCAUGCAUGUUUUCUUCCACUGCCAUCAUGCGGUGAGCACAUGGGAAUCCUUUGGAGGACUUUCGUGCCCUCCUACUGCAAACAUGCUAUUCGCAGAGUGGUUUUUUUAACCUGAAAGAGAGUUGCUCGGAGGAGAUUAUUAAAAGGAUCGUUUGUUGCCUUUGAAAUAUCUGGAUUGCUCGGAAUAGUCUUAUCUUUGAGCAGAGGGCUAUUUCCCCGCCCACUACGGCUACCUUGGCUGAUCGUGAUUUCUUAAGCUUGGUCGAAGCCAGAAGUUUCUCCCGCGCUUCAUCUUCUUACCGGUCAGCGUUGGAGCCUCCUCAACCUAGGGGAUCCCGUUCACACCCCUCACCACCGCCUGGCACAAUUUUGAAGUUUGUGCACUGUGACGACUCUUUUGUUUCUGAUUCACAGGUGGCGGCUUAUGGGAUUACUAUUGCUAAUUCUCAUGGUUAGGUGUAUGACGACAAGGUUGAGAGAUUUCUUUGUUCCAAUCCGAUACAGUAGUGAUUCUGGCGGCUCAGGAUCCUUGCCCUAUAUCUAUCAAAUCUGAUUGUCAGGUUCUGGUAAAUGCGUUGAGGCAGAAUCCUGACUUGUGGUCGUGGCAAUGUCGGGCUAUCUUAGCUUUUAUCCUCCCCAUCCUCCUUUCGGCUCCCUGGGUGAGGGUGGAGUUUGUUCCUCGACGUCUCAACUCACUUGCCGAUUGGGUUGCACAUAAUGCUAGACUUGACCUUCUUCCGAGAGAUUGGGUUGUAAUUGCUGAUCUUGUUUCUCCACUUCUGUAACAAACUAUGUUUCCCCUUGUUCGAAUUGGAAUAAAGAUGCCACAUGUUGUCAAAAAAGAAUUCUACAUGGUAAUUCAUUUUACAAUUAAAUGAAUUCUCUAUUCAUUUGGUACCAAGCGGUCUGUAAACAUUAAAAUCCUAAAUUAGAAGAAUCAUAUGAAUAUACCUUAAAUCCAGGAAACCCCACUAGAAGAUCUUUUUGACGACGACAUAGUGGAGGUGGCGAAUAAUAGCGCGAAUAAUAAAAAUAACUUGUUGACGUCAACUUCUUUGUGUCGCCUGGAAUCAUAUUUCGGCACCGGGAGAUUCCCAUAACUUAUCAUAGAUCUAUGAUUGAAGCUCAUAACAAAUCGUUGAUUCCCCCACCCCCAUCUCUCUCAUUGUUAUUUGUUAACCAACUUCCCAACUCAAACAAAAUUCGUCUUCAUUAACAAGUGAAGCUCGACAAACAGUGGGAGGUAGAUGAGGAGAGAAAUAGAAUAUAGAGGAAUCGGUGGUGGCCUUAACGGAUGUUCAAUCCUUCCUCAACAAAAUGAAGCGAUUGCAACUUG